CACAAAUUAAUGGCAUCUUCAUCAUCAUCAUCUCAGCCAUGGGAGUACCAUGUUUUCCUUAGUUUUAGAGGAGAAGAUACUCGUCAGAAUCUUGUGGGCCAUCUCUACAAAGCUCUUGUAGAAAAAGGGAUCUACACUUACAAGGAUGAUGAAACACUUCCUAGUGGCGAAUCGAUCAGUCCAGCCCUUAUGAAGGCUAUCGAGGGAUCACAACUUGCUGUCAUCGUAUUCUCUGAAAAUUAUGCAGAUUCAUCAUGGUGUUUAGAGGAACUUUCACAUAUUAUGGAAUGCAAGGAAACGAGAGGCCAAAUCGUUAUGCCUAUAUUUUACGACGUGGAUCCGUCUUAUGUGCGAAAUCAAAAAGAAAAAUAUGGAGAAGCAUUUGCCAAACACGAGCUCAAGAACACUGACAAAAUCAAAUCUUUGGUUCAGGCAUUUAUAAUUGACCCUUGUGGGUGGUUAUUUGCACCGUUUGAACGAAAAAGGGAAUAUGAUGAAGAAUAUACCAAACAGCACUCGGAGAAUAAGACAAAGGUUGAAUCAUGGAGAAAAGCAAUCGUGGAUGCAAGUAACAUAUCUGGAUGGUUUAUUGCCAACAGGGAUCAGUCGAAGGCUGUUGAAGAAAUUGUUGAGACAAUUUCACAAAAGUUGCAUCCAACAUUAGUUGAGGAUGACAACCUGAUUGGAAUGAAGGUUCGUAUGCAAGAUUUGAUGUCAAAGUUGCAGAUUGGGUUUGGUGGUAAGAGGAUGAUUGGAAUAUGGGGGGUUGGGGGUGGUGGCAAGACUACUCUUGCCUCUUCUAUUUAUGAUGAUAUCUCUAGAAAGUUUGAUGGUUGUUGCUAUCUAAAAAAUGUCCGGGAGGAAUCCAGUAAAACGAACGGUUUGGAAAACUUGCAAGAAAAAAUUCUUUGUGGUAUUUUGAAACAAAAUCAAGUGGGGGUAGGGAGAGUUGAAGAAGGAAGACGCAUGAUAAGGGAUAGAUUACAACAUAAAAAGGUGUUGAUUGUCCUUGAUGAUGUCAACGAGCUUGAGCAACUAGAAGAGUUAGCUGGAUCACAUGAUUGGUUCGGUGAAGGAAGCCGGAUAUUAAUCACCACUAGAGAUGAACAUAUAUUAACUGGACACAAAGUAGAUGUGAUACACAAUAUUAGCUUGUUAAACGAUGAUGAGGCUAUGAAGCUCUUUUGUAAGCAUGCACCCCAGGGUUAUAGACGUAUAAAAGAUUAUGAGCAGCUUUCAAAAGAUGUGGUUUCAUAUGCUUGUGGGCUCCCAUUAGCACUUAGAGUUCUCGGUCGUUUUCUAUGUGACAAAGAGACAAAUGAGUGGAGGAGUGCUUUGGCUAGAUUGAAAGAAAUCCCAGAGACUGAUAUUUUGGAAAAGCUAAAACUCAGCUUUGAUGGACUUACACACCUAGAGAGAGAGUUGUUCUUGGACAUUGCAUGUUUCUUCAGAGGGGUGUAUAAAGAUGAACGUAUAAUGAUGAAGGUUGAUGCUUGUGGCUUUCACCCUGUUAUAGGCAUAAAUGUGUUGAUACAAAAGGCCCUCAUAACAAUUUCAGAUGGAAGGUUUGAUAUGCAUGAUCUGGUGCAAGAAAUGGGACACUACAUUGUUAGAGGGAAACACCCGAAGAAUCCUGAAAAACAUAGUAGAGUGUGGAAGGUGGAGGAUGUUCUAAAAAUAUGUGCUAUGGAUGCAACAACGAACCUUGACAAGAUCGAAGCUAUAAAUCUUUUGUAUUUAAGGAGUGACAAAUCACAUGUUUAUCAUGUCGUAGCAAAAAUGAAGAAACUUCGGUCGAUUAGUUUGGAAUACUAUGAAGCAUUGUUUGAGACUCCACUAUUAAUUAUAAUGCCAGGAAAUUUUCCACCAAGGGAGCUUUGUUGUCUAACACUGAGGUUUCUCAAUGCAAAACAACUUUGGGAGGGUUACAAAUAUCUACCAAAUUUGAGGAUGAUCAAUCUUGAACACUUGCGGAACCUAAUCAAGACACCUGAUUUUAAUGGGCUUCCGAACCUUGAAAGAUUGAUGGUUUAUGAUUCUCCGCUUUUAGAAGAGAUUCAUCCAUCAUUUGGACAGUCGGAAAACCUUGUUUGUGUAGAGAUACGGAGUUGCGACAAUCUUCCGAUGCUUCCUCCCAUUACCCAGAUGAAGCAUCUGGAGACUCUUGUACUCUCAGGAUGCAGUACAGUUAAUAAUCUUUCAAAGAUCCAACAAAAUAUGGAGAAGUUUGUACCUCAAAACAUGAACUACAUAGGGCUAUGGUUUUCUAGUGAAUGCUUAAGAAAGCUGGAUCUCAGGUGGUUCAAAUUGGCAGAUGGAGUCAUCGGAUCUCCUGCUGUUUGGGAGUUACCCAACUUGCAAGAACUCAAUCUAACAGGAAAUAGUUUUGUACGUUUGGAUUUUAAUCUCUUGCGAGUUCCUCAGCUCCAAUAUCUCAACAUAUCACAAUGCUAUAACCUUGUAGAAUCGUCGGAUCUUCCAUCAAGUAUAGCUGUUGUUAUAGCGGAUGGUUGUAGGUCACUUGAAACCCUUGGAGACAUUUCAAACUGCAAAUGCUUGUGGAAAGUCUCACUUUCAGAGGAGAACAACCUUGGUCCACAUUUUGGUGACAUGUUACUAGACUCCAUGCUCCAGGGAAACGCCAAACACUACUUUAUCAAUAUCACUAUUUCAGACAUUGACAUUUGGAUGGGGUUACCUAUAGUUUGGGUCGACUGGGUGAAGACUUAUAAUAUGUUGCUUCCACAUGAUUGGUACAAUCACUUUUCUGGGAUUUUGAUGUUCGUCAAAUCUGAAGCCAUUUAUAUGGAAAUUAAUAUAAGUAUGAAGCAUGGCUUAGAUGAAGAUUUUCAAUCUCAGCUUUCAAAGGAGUCUAAUGAAAGGCCUGAUGAUCAUUCUCGAGAGACAUGUGUAGGAUAUGUUUCAUUUAGUUCAUUGAGGCACACCGGAUGCUUGGAUUCAACAUAUAAUACCAUUUCGUUUUCCUUAUGCAAUGAGUAUUUGUAUGGAUAUGGGUGUCUGUUUAGGGCUGUACUCAUUCCUAAAGAUGAUCCAAUGCAAACAGCAGGUUCAUCAGAAUUUUGGGAUGUGGAGGAAGUUUAUGAAAGAAGGGUAUUUACCAUCCAACAUGAUGCAAACUCCUCUAUCGAGAUUUUAUGGAGACCUGUCUGCCAUUUGUAA